GGGGUGUCGUCGGGCGCCCCACCACUGGGGCCGUGUGCAAGCCACAUAUACUACGGUGGCGACCUGCCCUCGCCGCCAUUCGACCUCCGCGCACCACAGUCCAGGCACCACAGCCCUGCACUGAACACGCGACCGAGAGCACGCCUCUCGUACGACUCGACGAACAGGAUAAGUUAAGCGAGCACAAUGCCUUUCAAGCCAGCAGACAACCCCAAGUGCCCAAAGUGCGGCAAGUCGGUGUACGCGGCCGAGGAGCGGGUCGCCGGAGGACUCAAGUGGCACAAGAUGUGCUUCAAGUGCGGUCUCUGCCAGAAGUUGCUGGACUCCACCAACUGCACAGAACACGAAGGAGAACUAUUCUGCAAAGUUUGCCACGCGCGUAAAUUCGGACCUAAAGGAUACGGUUUCGGCGGUGGUGCCGGAUGCCUGUCAAUGGACGCCGGCGACCACCUGAAGGGCGAGAACGCGGAUGGAAAGAGAACCAAUGGGGCUUGUUUGGAACCGCGGGUUAUUGCAAAAGCACCCCCCGGACAAGGAUGUCCGCGUUGUGGAGGAUUUGUCUACGCUGCUGAGCAGAUGCUUGCCCGUGGAAAGGCUUAUCACAUAAAGUGCUUCAAUUGUUGUGCUUGCCACAAGAUGCUUGACUCAAUGAUUCAUUGUGACGGGCCAGAUAAACAAAUUUACUGCCGAGUUUGCUACGCUAAGAAGUUUGGUCCUAAAGGCUACGGUUAUGGUAAAGGAGCUGGUGUUCUUCAAAGCGAUGCCUACACUAACGGCGACUGCGCUCCCAGGACCACCGUGAUAGACACGGCCGCCAUCCAGGCCGCGCCCGGCAAGGGGUGCCCCAGGUGCGGCGGAGUGGUGUACGCAGCCGAGCAGGUGCUGGCCAAGGGACGCGAGUGGCACCGCAAGUGCUUCAAGUGCCGCGACUGUACCAAGACACUUGACUCGAUCAUCGCCUGCGAUGGACCUGAUUCGGAGGUCUACUGUAAGACUUGCUAUGGAAAGAAAUGGGGCCCACAUGGAUACGGAUUUGCUUGCGGCUCCGGAUUCCUUCAGACGGACGGUUUAUCUGAGGAUGAAAUUUCCGCCAACCGUCCAUUUUACAACCCGGACACCACAUCAAUCAAAGCUCCUAAAGGACAAGGUUGCCCUCGAUGUGGCGGUAUGGUGUUCGCUGCGGAACAACAACUCGCCAAAGGCACUAUGUGGCACAAGAAAUGCUUCAACUGUGCUGAAUGCCAUCGUCCACUUGACUCUAUGCUGGCAUGUGAUGGGCCUGACAAGGAAAUCCACUGCCGCGCUUGCUAUGCUAAGCUCUUUGGACCAAGAGGCUUCGGCUAUGGUCAUGCUCCAACUCUUGUGUCCACCGAUUCUGAUCCCACCAGUACUUAUCUUGAGCAGCUUCCAUUUACUGGACCAAAAGCAGAAAAGGGUAAGGGUUGCCCACGCUGUGGCUUCCCGGUCUAUGCUGCAGAACAGAUGCACUCCAAAAAUGGCACAUGGCACAAGAGGUGCUUCUCAUGUGCAGACUGCCACAGAUCUCUUGAUUCUACAAAUUUAAACGAUGGGCCCAACGGUGAAAUUUACUGCCGUGGAUGCUACGGAAAGAACUAUGGUCCUAAAGGUGUAGGAUUUGGUAUGGGCGCAGGCACAUUAACUAUGGCGUGAGUGGGUUCUAUAAAGCUGGACUUUAUAGAUUUAAGAGUGUAUGCCGUAUGGUAGCAUGAAAGGAAUUUAAUCUAUCAUAUUGCUACCUUAAUCAUACCAUUCAUUAAACUGGUUUUAAUAGUGGUUGAUAAUUCUAUGAGACUAAUAAAUAAAUAUAGAUACACUUUAUAUUAUUUAUAGGUAAUGUAAGAACAAAUAUUUUAUGAUAAGAAAAUAUAAAUUAGGGUUACAUUCCUUUCAUUUGUACAAACUGUGUUGAAUGUGUCUGGGCCCUUAGUUUAUAGAUUCAGUUUAUAGAUUACCUUUUCAUAUGCAUUGUUUUUAUUGUUAAGGAGGUAUGUAUAAAUGAUAUUGUAUAAUAUUAAAUGAAGAUAAAAAAAGAAAACAACAAAAAAACUUGGCAUUGUGACUUAUAAUAAAAAGAAAAAGUAACUAUCCUGUAAACGUAACAAAGAUUGCAUUAAUUUUAAGUGCAGUCGUUUCGAUCGACCAGACCUCACGUGCAGGUCUGACGUCAUCAUCAGAUCACAGACAAUAUAUUUUAUUAGUAUAGACACCAAAGAUUUUUGUACAUAUUUAGUCAUACAUUUAUUUAUACAAUAUUAUAUCUUAAAUAAUAUAUCAGAUAUAAGCUGAGCUUACUAUAAUAAAUUGCUUUGAGCUUUUAAUAGCCUUAAAUGGACACAAAAGAUGUUAAUGUAUAAGGCAGCUUAUUGCAUUGCAACGCUAUUAUUGCAUCAUUUUUAUUAAAUAAAAACGUUUUUUAAAA